AUGGACUUCCUCCGAUCUAACUCGGAUUGCUUCGCUUGGUCCCACGAGGAUAUGCCGGGAAUCGAUCCUGAAGUGAUUGUGCACAAGCUCCAGAACACCGGGUUCAUCAAGGAAGUCCAGUACCCGGAAUGGCUGGCCAACAUAGUAGUCAUCAAGAAGAAGAACGACAAGUGGAGAGUCUGCAUAGACUUCACCGACCUGAACAAAUCAUGUCCAAAGGAUCCAUUCCCGGUGCCGCAUAUCGACAAACUCGUCGAUGCCACAGCGGGUCACCAGCUUAUGAGCUUCAUGGAUGCAUUCUCCGGCUACAAUCAGAUACUCAUGCAUCCCGGAGACCAUGAGAAGACAUCCUUCAUGACGUGUAGGGGCAUUUACUGUUACAAUGUCAUGUCGUUCGGCCUAAAGGACGCAAGAUCCACCUAUCAAAGGUUGGUAAAUAUAAUGUUCGCAGAUCAAAUCGGCCAGACCAUGGAGGUCUACAUAGACGAUAUGUUGGUCAAGUCCUUAGAUGCCGAAGACCAUAUAUCUCACCUGCAAGAAGCUUUCUCCACUCUUCUGAGAUACAACGUGAAGCUCAAUCCCGCGAAAUUUACUCCCUAA